CUUAUUUUACAUCGUAUGCUAAAGAACUAGAUAUCAAAAGAAAAUACAAAUCCUCGGGAAAACAGGAGUGAUUAAAGAAAAAUGAUUAAUAACUUAAAAAAUAAAUCAUAGUUAAAAUUUAAAAUCAUUUUUAGCUCUUCAUUUUGAAUGCGCAUUGUCGGACAAGGGCGGCUUUUACAGCUCGAAAGCACCGAUUUAAAUAAAAAAAAAUCCCCGUAAUUAUUAAGUAAACAAGUAAUACACCACUUUUUAUAAUAUCCUUGAUAUUUUUUAUACACGUUUCAUGUGAUUUUUUAGAAGAACAAAAUUAUAAACAGGGUUCAAUAGUAAAUUACGUUGUUGUACAUAUAUUUUUUAGUUUUCAUCCACGCCGUGAAGGCUAGUAUCGAUUGCAUUACGUAUUUAUAUUUGUAUAUAAAACUAAAAUGGACCAAGCUAGUAACUGCUUCUUAUAAUCAUAUAUAUUUUGUCAACAUUUUAUAAAAUACGAAGUCUUUUGCCGAGAUCACAACAAGCUGAAUUUAUCUCCCUUUUCCGUUACUACGCUACAAUGUAAACAUUGAACAAGCGCGGGAUUUCUGAGUUUGACAUGGAGAACAGUUCAUCGGAUAACGAUAGCGAUACCUUGUCUGAGGGUUCAGAUCUCCAGCUAUUUAGUGAACAUGAAUUUUCAUCGGACACAGACAGUGACGAUGAUACACAGCAGACAGAGUCAUCAAUGGAGCCUGACAGCCAACAAACAGAAGCAACUGAUGAUGACUUCUGGUCUGACGAUCUCCACCCAGUGGACAUAGCACCAUUUACUGAACAAGUAGGCCCAGAUCAUACUUUACAGCCUGACGAUGACUUGUUGAAGUAUUUUUAUCUUAUGAUAAACGAAGAUUUCUUUGAAACCGCGGCUCAGGAGACGAACAGAUAUGCAGAACAGGAAAUGACUCGCAAAGGUUCCCGCGAUUCGAUUUGGUACCCCACAACUAGCCCAGAAAUGAAAGCUUUCUUUGGACUGAAUAUCAUCAUGGGAAUAAAUCAGUUACCUCGCAUCGAUAUGUACUGGUCGGAAAACCCAUUUGUUGGAAAUGAAGGUUUCAAGAAAUGCAUGACAAGGACAAGGUUUGAAAAAUUGCUGCAGUAUCUGCACAUAAAUGACAACCAGGCUCAAGCACCUGCUGGAUCGCCGAAUUAUGACAGGUAUCAUACAUGGUUUUGCUUUGGUUUAUACAAAACUAAUUUCUUUUUGUGAGGGAACUUGAUAUAUUUUUGUUUGCUAUUAUUAUUUUUUUGUAAAGAUUGUAAAGACGCAUUUGUAAAAAAAAAAAUUAGCAAACAGAAAAGCAUGUGCUAAAAUAUUCACAUUGAACAAAUACUGGAAACAAUUUUUAUAUGAUUCAUUUCCUUUGGUAAUAAAACUUGGUCCCUCAUGUGAGUGAUUCUAACCGAAACGUGGAUUGCACAGGGAGAAAAGUAAAAAAAAAAAACCCAGA